CUGAACCAUAUUCACCUUCCUCCAGCUUCAAGUACAUGCUCUAUUACUCUCUACUCUUCAAGAUCCAAAACUCUUCUUCUUUUUCUUCUUCUUCAUUCUCAACUUUCAAUCUUCUUAUUACUCUCUGAAAUCUCAACCAUUUUUAUUUUUUAUUUUUUAUUUUUUAUUAUUAUUAUUUUUAAUUUUAUUUUAUCCAUUCCCUUUUAGCUGCGUUAGUGAUUAUCGCCACACUAGAUCCUUAGUAGUUUUUCCCGCUGAUUCUCACCUUAAUUUCUCCAACAUCGUCUCUAACCUAGUACUUUUGUUACUUCCGCCAAUUUUGUCUUUCUUUUACCUCGUUUCUUGUUUCUCUUUCCUCACAUAGCACACUUCAAGUUUUUUUUUUUAUUUUAAAUUUUUUUUAAUUUUUUAAAGUUCUCUUUUUUUUACUCCCCGUGAUCUGGGGAUUCUAGUUGAAGUUCGUUGAUCUGAAUUUUUUUAGUUUCUAAUAUGCCUCCUGAUCAGAGAAAAAAGUCAUCUGUAGAUGUAGAUUUCUUUACUGAAUAUGGUGAAGGGAGUAGAUACAUGAUAGAGGAAGUGAUUGGUAAAGGAAGUUAUGGUGUUGUUUGUUCCGCGUAUGAUACACAUACCGGAGAGAAGGUUGCGAUAAAGAAAAUCACUGAUAUAUUCGAACAUGUUUCUGAUGCUACGCGCAUUUUGCGUGAGAUCAAGCUUCUUAGACUAUUGCGGCAUCCUGAUAUUGUGGAUAUUAAACAUAUCUUGUUACCUCCUUCUAGAAGGGAGUUUAAAGAUAUAUAUGUUGUUUUUGAACUUAUGGAGUCGGAUUUACAUCAAGUUAUUAAGGCGAAUGAUGAUUUGACGCCAGAGCAUUACCAGUUUUUUCUCUAUCAGCUUCUUCGAGGAUUGAAGUAUAUACACACAGCAAAUGUUUUUCAUCGUGAUCUAAAGCCGAAAAACAUUUUAGCAAAUGCUGACUGCAAACUGAAGAUUUGCGAUUUCGGUCUUGCCAGAGUAGCUUUCAAUGAUACACCCACUGCUAUAUUCUGGACAGAUUAUAUUGCGACAAGGUGGUAUAGAGCUCCUGAGUUGUGUGGAUCCUUUUUCUCUAAGUAUACGCCAGCUAUAGACAUAUGGAGCAUUGGCUGCAUUUUUGCCGAACUUUUAACUGGAAAGCCUCUUUUCCCCGGGAAGAAUGUUGUCCAUCAAUUGGACCUCAUGACUGACUUCCUUGGAACACCAUCUCCUGAAGCCAUUGCUAGGAUACGAAACGAGAAAGCUCGGAGAUACUUGAGCAGCAUGCGUAAGAAGAAGCCGGUUCCUUUGUAUCAAAAGUUUCCUAAUGCAGAUCCCCUUGCUCUCCGUGUGUUGGAAAGAAUGUUGGCCUUUGAUCCUAAGGAUCGACCUACUGCUGAAGAGGCUCUAGCGGAUCCAUAUUUUAAGGGCUUGGCCAAGUUUGAGAGAGAGCCUUGUGCACAGCCAGUUAGCAAAAUGGAAUUUGAAUUUGAGAGACGCAGGGUUACAAAGGAAGACGUGCGAGAGCUUAUAUACAGAGAGAUUCUGGAGUACCAUCCAAAGAUGUUAAAGGAACAUCUAGAAGGAGCAGAGCCAACAGGAUUCAUGUAUCCAAGUGCUGUGGACCACUUCAAGAAACAAUUUGCAUACCUUGAGGAGCAUUAUGGGAAAGGCGGUACUAUUAGUCCACUCGACAGACAACAUGCAUCAUUGCCCAGGCAGCGUAUGUUGUACUCAGACGAGUCUAGACAGAAUAUGGCUGAAGUUGCAGCAGAUGAUCUCUCCAAGUGCAGCAUCAAAGAAGUUGAGAAGCCGGUUAUUGAUAGGACAGGUAGUGUUGCUAUGAACAGGCUUCCUUUACAAGCUCCUCAAAGUAUUCAAGAUGUCAUGACUAAUCGAAAUGUUGCCCCGCGACCCAGAAAAGAUGCGGGUUCCGUAUUGCAUUACAGUUGUGGGGUAGCAGGGGCUGACCAACGGAAGACGGUUAGAAAUCCAUCUGUUUCUGCUCAGUAUGCUGCUUCAAGCCGUUCAUAUCCUAAAAGAAAUCCAAGCUGUAAAAACGAUAGAGGAGAAGAUGGGAUUGAAGGUUCUAAUGGACUCCAGACGAAACCUCAAUACAUAGCAAGAAAAGUUGCUGCUGCUCCAGGUGGUGCCGGCAGUAACUGGUAGAGUUUGGAUAUGUUGAGUUUGUCACCGAAUCUAAAAUCGGCCCUCAUGCCUAGCAAAUGCUAUUUGGAUUCUUGUUCCACAACAGACCCAUAUCAGUUGCAUAACUUUGAUUGCAAAUUGCUAUCAAACAACGGGAAAGCCAAACGGCUAAUGAAGUCUCUAACUGAUGUUUUUAUUAGGCGAUGCAAUUUGCGUCCCCGAUUUGAAGUUUUUGGAAGGUUUCACAAUGUCUGAUUAUGAUUGUCUCGCCCUUUAGUUUGUUAAUAACAGAGGACGAGUGGUCUUAAAAAGGCAUGAAAUGAUGGCAGUGCAGCUAUUGCUUACUAAAUCUCAUGUGCUAUAUCUGUUGACAGUUAUUAGGGGUACUGUUCCCAUCAUUCUUGUAUAAUAAGUGAGCAUUCAACAUUUGACAAAAUAGUAAAAAUGUUAUUCUGACAAAAAUCUCUACAUUCUAUGCUCACUUGACUUGACAUUGAAGAACAAAAUUCUGAAUGACUGUAUCAUGUCACUCCAUCUGGCAUAUAUUCCAUUAUUCCAAAUGUUUGCUUUUAAA